UUCCUUCUUCCCUCUUUUUUUUCUAGGCGCCGGACAGUUUCCGGACUAGGAGGAAGGAGAAGCGAUUGCUGGCCAUCUCAGAGGCAGCUCGAGCGGAGGGGUGGGCGAGCAGGAAUGGCGGGACCUUACGAGAGUUCGGCUGUAAUAGUAACGGUCACGUACGGCAAUGAAAAGCAUAAUCUUCAGGUUGAUUCUCAAGAGGAUAGUCAACCAACAGUACAUGAUUUGGCUUUACUAACUGAGCAAGUAACUGGAGUUCCAGUUUCUUUUCAGAAACUGAUAUAUAAGGGAAAGUCAUUGAAAGAAAUGGAACAACCAUUGUCAACGCUUGGAGUGAAAAAUGGUUGUAAAGUUAUGCUGAUUGGGAAAAGGAACAGUCCUGAAGAGGAGACUGAAUUAAAGAAAUUAAAAGUUUUAGAGAAAUCAGUGGAACAGCUUGCUAAAAAAAUAGAUGAAGUAAAUAAAGAUCUUAGAGAGAUUCAGAAAGGUUUUCUUGCAAAGAAUAAUCAAACUGAAGCGCUUAGUCAGUUGGAUAAGCGGAUAAAGGGAACUGCUGAGCAGUUUAUGAAAAUUCUGGAACAAAUAGAUGCUAUUAUUCUACCAGACAACUUUAAUGAUAGUAAACAAAAAAAGAAAGGGCUAGUGAAAAAAGUUCAGGCUUUUCUUGCGCAGUGUGAUACAGUGGAAGGAAAUAUUGGUCAAGAAAUGGAUAAACUACAGUCAAAGAAUAUGGUCCUUGCAGAAUGAAGCUCUUUUAAGUAACUAAGAUAAUGAAUUGCUCUGUGAGCAAAAAGUUUGCUCUUGUUUUUGGAACAGUUAUUCAAGUGUUCAAAAUUUUAGUUUUAGCAGAAUUUUGUGGAAGUGUUGCAUGUUAGCUAUUGUUUACUCAUCAAUAUGUAUUCUGGUCAUGUUUAAGGAUAGUCUUCAGACACACAACCCAUCUCUAUUUUGUUUAUUAUUUUUUCCUUGCUACAUUUCAAUAUAUCUUUCUAUGAAACACAUUUCAGCUGUUGUGGUUUCAGUAUUUUUAUUUGUUCUUUUAAUAACUUCUAUGGAUGUUGUCCAAUCAAAUAUAUUUUAUCAUUAUCAUUUAAAAUAAACUCAAUAAACAAUGUAUUACUUUGCAACAAAUUUCCUAUCACAUUAUAUG